AGUCUAUUAUAAGGACAGGCGUCAUAUCUGUGCAGACAAGGACCAGACUACAGGCCUCAUACACAUCCAACAACACUUCUUCUACAGUAGAGGACGCUCUUCAGGACGGGUGUAAAGAUGGCGGUCGGCUCUUCGGGGUGUCCAACUCACAAUGUCAUCCUGAUGUCAGCAGUCACCUUCAUCCUUCUCAUACAGGUGGAUGGAAGAGAAACCUCUAAACGAGAUGUUUUUUCACCUAAAGAGUCUUCUCUUGACAUGGCACGUUCUUCAUAUGAUGAUCAGUAUAAAGGGUGUGGAGAUAUCAUGGAGGCUGAAGUUCCUCAGCUCUUCCAGGCUGAGUAUUCCACAAUUAAGGAGUUUGCUGAUGCCUGGGACACGGCAACCUUUAAAUGGGACCAGGAGAAGAAGAGACAAACAUUAUUACCCAAGGGAUUUAAGGAUGAAUAUGCCAUUGCUUUGCUAGCAUACACCAUUAAUGGACCUCUUCACAAGAUCUUCAAUGAAGCUGUGAGAGAGGCUGGAAGGUCUAAGGAGUAUUACUUGAGAAACUUCAAUUUUAAGGUCCUCCACUAUUACCUGACCAAAGCUCUUCAAGUGUUGGAUGUGGUGGAAACUCCCGCUUGCCACAAGGUCUUCAGAGGGAUAAGAGGAUUGCGAAUCAAGGCAGAGAGUCAGAGUCCCAUCCGAUUUGGGCAUUUCACUUCGUCCUCCAUGAAUGACCAGAAUGCUCUUCAGUUUGGUGAGGACACCUUCUUUAGCAUCUACACCUGCUAUGGAGUCAGCAUCAAGAACUUCUCUUUCUUCCCCAGUGAGGAUGAAGUACUUAUACCACCAUAUGAGAAAUUUAAAGUCUCCAAUUUCUCCAAAGAGGGAAACAGGAACUUUAUCACUUUGAAGUCUCUGGAGAAGUCAAGCGUUUACAACUGUGAGCUGGCAAAAGAGAAAAAGUGUAAAUCAAAACGGUGUUUCUUCAAUUCAGCUACAGAUAUCCGGAUGAAGAACACCCGCCAUAUUCUUCUGAUGAGUGGGCUUGCUGUUCUGUCACACAUAUCGGGACUGGUAUAAUACAUCUGGACUGGUAUAAUAUAUCGGGACUGGUACAAUACAUAGGGACUGGUAUAAUACAUAGGGACUGGUAUAAUACAUCGGGACUGGUAUAAUAUAUCGGGACUGGUACAAUACAUAGGGACUGGUAUAAUAUAUUGGGACUGGUAUAAUAUAUAGGGACUGGUAUAAUAUAUCGGGACUGGUAUAAUACAUCUGGACUGGUAUAAUACAUAGGGACUGGUACAAUACAUAGGGACUGGUAUAAUAUAUUGGGACUGGUAUAAUAUAUCGGGACUGGUAUAAUACAUCUGGACUGGUAUAAUACAUAGGGACUGGUACAAUACAUAGGGACUGGUAUAAUAUAUUGGGACUGGUAUAAUAUAUUGGGACUGGUAUAAUACAUCUGGACUGGUAUAAUACAUAGGGACUGGUACAAUACAUAGGGACUGGUAUAAUAUAUUGGGACUGGUAUAAUACAUCUGGACUGGUAUAAUAUAUAGGGACUGGUACAAUACAUAGGGACUGGUAUAAUACAUAGGGACUGGUAUAAUAUAUCGGGACUGGUAUAAUACAUCUGGACUGGUAUAAUACAUAGGGACUGGUAUAAUACAUCGGGACUGGUAUAAUACAUCGGGACUGGUAUAAUAUAUCGGGACUGGUAUAAUACAUAGGGACUGGUAUAAUACAUAGGGACUGGUAUAAUAUAUCGGGACUGGUAUAAUACAUCUGGACUGGUAUAAUACAUAGGGACUGGUAUAAUAAAUCGGGACUGGUAUAAUACAUCGGGACUGGUAUAAUACAUCGGGACUGGUAUAAUACAUCGGGACUGGUAUAAUACAUAGGCGUGGUAUAAUACAUUGACUCUACAAGGUCCAUGGAGAAGUAGCCUGGUUCUUUAGAAGAGUCAUUACAGGACAAUCGCCCCAGUUAUCCAAUCAUUUGGCAUUCAUGGUUUGGUUAUGUCCAGUGUGAUAUAUUUGUCUGUCAGAACAUAAUACAUUAAAGUUGUUUAUUUCAUGAUGACUAACCAGAACAAAAUUUGUCAGGAAAUAAAUAUUGGAGUGGUAAAUGCUGA